AUGAACAUUCUUGUCCUCUCUACACUAGUUGCUUCGGCUUGCAUCACGUUAGCUAGCAGUCCCUGGGGUUACGGUUACGGAUACGGCGAUAGUGGCCACGAUUAUCAUGAUCACGAUCAUGAUCACUCAUAUGACAAAGGUUAUAUAAAAGGAUUCGAUCGAAAGGCAUUCGGUGAAUUUGGUAGUCACAAAAACCCAUCACUAGGAUCUGAAUACGAUAAUGAUAACGGCCAUGGAGGAUAUGGCGAUGAGCACCACGGCCGCGGUUUUAAGUACGGUCAUGGGCCAUUCCAUCAUGACCAUGGUGACCAUUUCUUUGGACAUGGCAUGCCGAAUGGAUAUAAUAAAGGAUAUGUACAUUUCUUCUAA